AUGUCGACGUCUGCAUAUCAGACAAAUGCCAGACCCCGGGGUAGGCCUGGGAGCUUCAGCGAUACUUCUGAGAAGCAGACUCGCAGUCGAGCCUCGAGUUCGGCGUCUGCAAAGCUUUCCAAGACGCUGUCGAGGACUCUUGAUGAGGUCUCUAUUCCAAGGAAUAGCCGUUCGAAUUCCCCGGCUAUCUAUUUCCACCGGCAAAGGACGCACGACUCAAAGUGGUCGGAUCCUGUGGUGGUUACAUCUAGACAUCCUGCCCUCUCCUUGCGAUCCGACAAGAGUAUCUCGUCAAGAAUGGAGGAUGACACAAUUCAUUCCCCGGGUUCGCCAACUAAGGUGAAACCACAUAUCAUCAAUGGGUCCCAUGACCGACCGGAUACAUCUAUAUCAGAUGCGCGCCCUCUCUCACCUACGAAAUCGUCGAUGACCGCUGUUCCCGAGGCUGUCGAAUUUAUGGGAUCCCCUACAAGAGAUGUGGAGCUUCUGCAGACCUCGCAAGGUCUUCGUCAGAAGAGCUUGUCGUCGAGAUCGCUUUCAUCGAUGCAGCCAACUGUUUCCGAAGAGCCUCAGGACAUCGUGCCUCCCCAAAUCACAUCGCCAUUCCCCCCAGUGCCCAUAUCAGCUCCCUGUUCUACUGACGUUGUAGAGCCAUCUGCGAAGGGUUCCAAGUCGCCACUACGCGAAGAAACGAUCCUCGGCUCUCCAAAAAGGUCCAAAUCAUCUUUGCACGAACCCAUAGCUGCACCAAUGGGCACAAGCUCAGUGCCAUAUCCUUAUGACCCACUGGUUGCGCCAACUCCGCAGGGCCCGGUAGUCUUUAUGCAACCUACGUUUGGCCAACAUCUUGCGGAUUCCACGGAGGGAGACAUGCCUUUUAUGUCGAGCCCUCCGUUACCUACUGACGGAACCUAUCUUCAUGGGUACCCACCUCACGGUCGCUCGCCCUUAGCUUCGCCUCCAUUGUCACCCUUUCUCCAGCAACCUGCUGGUAGUCCGCCACCACAGGGUGUGCCAUUCCCACCACCUUUCCCGUAUCACUAUCCCCAUCCGUUCGUAGCUAACCCUAAUCUCCAACUCGCGUUCUACCCACCACCCUUCCCUGCCCCUCCUGGGCCUUUUCCCUAUCCAGAUGUGGUGUCUCGAUCCGGCUCUGCAGCACCUGAUGAUGAGCGCACCAAACUGCUUGAGAAAGUCUCAAGCGUCCUUCCUGACAUCAAUCGCUUACUGCACUACUACCAAGAAAGUCAAGGGCUUCUAUCUGAGAAGGAUCAUCUCGUCAAGCAAGCUGAAUCGCAGCACAAUGAGGAGAUUGCGAAGCUAAGAAUUGAACUGAGCGCGUCCAAAGAAGAAUACGAGCGCAUCAUAGGAGAGCAAGCUCGUGAAAACCUGAAGCUGAAAAACGAAAUUACGGAACAGGGAGAAAAGAUUUUACAUCUUGAGGCAUCUUCACGGGAUCUUGCGCGGGCGAAUGAGGAGAUAGCUAACAAUCUGACGCUGAAAUGCAAGGCCUUUGAGAAUGAGGUCGAGAACAGUCGGGCUAUGAAUGAGCAGCUGACUGCAACCAAGGUUGACCUUGAGGACCAGAUCGAAGCUGUCAAGAAGCAGCUUGAUGACGAACGGAUGCAGCAUCAGCGCUCACAGACUGACUUGAUUCAAGCCCAUGAAAAGCAAAUGGCGGACAAAGAGGACGUUCAUGUCAGGUUACUAAAUGAACACAAGGCCGGUCUUUCAAAACUUCAACUUGAUCUGGCAGGUCUGAUAACAAAGCAUACACAGCAGAGAAGAGAUCUGGAAUCUGCGCGCGCAGUCAUUUCCGAGCAUGAACAAUCCUUGGCCACCAAAUACAAGGAGCUGGCCGAGUCUACGCAAUUGCACAAAAAUCAAAUGGAGGCGCAGCGGAAGGCCAUAGAGGAGACCGCAGAGCAGCACAAGCAAGAGUGUGCGGAUUUGUCACAGAAAUUGGCUCAAGCUAUGGGAAAGCACAAAGAUGAAAUCACUGCACUGCGGGAAGGGCAUCAGAGAGAGAUUGGACAACUGCGCAAAGCAGCCGAAGGACGAUUGUCAGAACUGAUCACCAACCACAAGCAACGUGAAUCGCAACUCCAGGAUGAACUGAAUGCCCUCCAAUCCGUGGUCGAAGACCUUCAGGAUGACCUUCAAGAGCAGCGUAACGUCAAUAACAGCCUGAAGACUGAAUUGGCGACUGCGCAGAAAGCUCACCAGGCACUUCAGACCACGACUGAAAUGACCAAUCAGCACCAUACAGAAUUGGCGGAAUCUAUACUCUGUUUGAGAGAAAAGCAAGCUCAAUGGCAACGAGAAAGUGAGCGAAUGGAGCGCAUCCUGCGAAGCUUGGGGCACACAAGUGCUAAUAAAGGAAAGGGUGACAACUUCUUGUGA